CAGCCACAUCGAGUCCAGUCCCAAACUUUGUACUCGAAGUCGAGAGCGCGGGAAAAUUUUCGUCUCCAUUCGCGCCACAAAAGCCCUAAUCACAUUUCCGAUCUAUCUCAUUCGUCUCGUCAGUCCUUCCCUCUCGAUUUCUCAAAUUUUAUUGUUAUCGCAACUUAACUUCAGAUCUCAUAUCCAUUACUCUUCUAUCUCUAAAAAUUACAAUUAUUUCAAACUCCAAUCGUAUCCUACUCAAUUCCCCAGCGUUUGCCAAAAUGGAUAUGGAAGCUUUGUCUAUUAUAUGUGCUGGUCUUGGCAUCGCCGAAGAAGAGGAAACUGGCAAGCGCAUUGGCUACUCGAAGGGCGAGAACUGCCUAGAAAAUUUAAAGGAUUUGCUGAGAUUUUUAAGGCGGGAUGAUGCACAGACGCGAGAAGUAUUUAAGCAAAUUUGUAAAUGGAAGAUAGUGUCCAAGGAUUUGAUCCCUAUUAUUCAGUAUUGUCGAGAUGAUAGCAACCUGGUCUUAAAUGCCGUCAAGGUAUUGGUGUUCCUUACCAUGCCAAUUGAACCUUCAUCAAGCGAUAUUCCUCAGCAGAUCGAGUACCUUUGGGACUUGAAGUCUGCUAUUACAUAUAGUCAGACUGUUGGGAUUAUUGUUACACUGUUGGAAGGCCCACUUGAAAAUUUGGAACGCGAAUUAUUCACCGAGGAUGACUGGAAAUUGGUCCAACUGGUACUCACGCUGUUUCGAAAUAUGCUUGCCAUCCAAGACAUUUCAUUGCCGCAAAAAGUUGGGGGUUCUGCUUGCCAUCUUUUGUCUUUAAGAGAUAAAUUUCUGGAACUUUUGUUCCAUGAAAAUGUAAUGGAUCUUAUUGUAAUUAUAAAUCAGGAAGUUUGUGGUUCUCGUGGAUAUCUCCGUCAGGAUAACUUACUUCUGUUAGAAAUUUUCCAUUACAUUUUUAUGGGUCAAGAGCCAGAGAUGAUUGCCAAAGCACAUCUAAAGGAUUCCAAGGUGGGUGGAGACACCAAAGCUUCUCUUGACAGUCUGAAAUCCAUCAUGGAAGCAGAAGAGAAAAGAAAGCUUUCCGGACUACGGAACGUGGCGCGCCAUUCACAGUUUAGUGGAACAUUUACACGACUUACUAUAGAUGGCUCUAAAGCAGUAUAUAAAGGAAAUCCAAGUUCUGCUACUGAGAAUAUCCUGCUCAAACCUCAUAAAAUUCAAAGAAGUUCCACUAAAAAGAUUGUGUGGGAUCAUGGGAUAAUACCUUCAAUGAAGGCUGACAUUUUGGUUUUGUUGCAUGAUUUUCUGAACCAGUUUUUAUCAGGGGGUUACAAUGUUUUGAUGCAGACAAUUUGUGAAGACAUUGAAAAGGAGCAUCACGCAAUUCAGAAGAGUGAUAUUGUCAUUUUCUUCCACGUUGCUCAAUUUGUUACUUCCUUCCAAUAUAACAAGUUUUUGACUUACAAGCCAAGUGGAGAAAAAGACAAUGCUCACAGCUUUGCAAAUGAAUAUGCUGAUAGCACAUUGUUCAACGGUGAUAUGUGUGGACCAAUUGCAGCAACAAUGAAUGAAUCAAUGUUUUUACUUGUCACCUCAAGAUGGCGCAAUGCAUUUGAUGGCUUGAAGGAAACAAAUGAUUUCAAAUUUCUAUCUGCAGCAGGUUCUCUUAUGAAAAUUAUGAUCCGCAUGUUGGAUUUGGUUCUUAAGUUAUUGCCAGAAGAUUCUAGAGAGCCUCAGACAGCUCGCAUCUUGCUUUACAAGUUAUUCUAUGAUCAAACUGAUCAAGGGAUGACUCAGUUCCUCUUGAGCCUGAUCAAAUCAUUUGACACUCAUAAACAGUCAAAAAGUGAUCUUGCAGACUUGGUGGAAAUGAUUCAUGUAAUGGUAAGACUGAUGGAGAAUCUUCAAAGGCGUGGCACAUUAAGGGUUUCUAAGAGAUCAAGGAAGGUUAGAAAGAAGAAAGCACCAAUUGACAAGAAGGAAACUGAAAAUGGACUUUCUGGAGAUGAAGCUACCGUUCAGGACCAUGUCGUUUCUUCUAAUGCAGAAGAAUUAAAUGACCAGAGCAUAUUGCAAGAGAAAAUUCAAAAGAAAACAACCCUUGAUAAUCAAGAAAAUGUCAAUAAUGCUAUUCUGGUUGACAAACCUGAGACAUCUGUCCCAGAGAUGGAAAAUCUUGCUGGGAAUCUUCCUCAAAUAGAUAAGCAAAUUCUUGAUGAGGAUGAUCUUAAUUGCAGCUCGGAUGAUUCUUCUGGUGAUGAGCAGCCCACUUCGACUUUUGAAGUUGACUUUAAGGUCUCCACCUUAAUAUCAGCUUUUGCAAACCACAACAUUAUUCGGAAUUUGUGCUGGUUGCUUAGGUUCUACAAGAGUAAUUCUAUCAGUAUGAAUCACCACAUCAUUUGCAUGUUGCAGAGGAUCACUGAUGACCUGGAUCUUUCUCCAAUGCUAUAUCAGUUAUCACUGCUAACAACAUUCUAUGACAUCCUGGACGAGCAGAAGUCUUGUCCCUGCAAGGAAUAUGCAAAUAUAGUUGAUUUCCUGACUAGUUUGGUUAGAAGAAUGCUAAGAAAGAUGAAGCAUCAACCCCUUCUAUUUGUGGAAAUUCUCUUUUGGAAGUCCCGUAGGGAAUGCCAGUACAUUAAUGCUGAAUAUUUAUUGCAUGAGCUUGGCCAUAUAAAGAAGGAAACUAGAAAAUGGGGAAAUGUUUCUGAUGAGGGAGGAAAUGGAUCAACGCAGGCAAAUGGAUGGACUCGCAGUAGCUUAGCAGAUGCACUGGGUGAGGAUGAAGCAGAUGUCGUAAUCUCUCAUGAACCACAUCAGAAUGGAGGAAAUACUGUGGAAAAUGAAACUGAAAGGGUUUCCAAAAGAAAGAGGAGACUCGUUCUAACUGAUGAAUUGGAGAUGAGAAUAAAGGAUCUCUAUGACAAAUAUAAGGAUGAUAGUAAUUGUAGUCGUCUGAUUGCGGAAUCCCUGGAUUCCACUGGUCAUAUUUCACCUGUGCAAGUUUUCAACAAGCUCAAGCAGCUGGGAUUGAAAGUUGUACCGAAAAAAAGGAUGAGACAUGCUGAUAGAACAUUUUCUUCUACUUCCUCUCAACCUGAGGAGAAAGGAAGGAUGGCAGAAAAAGAAAAUGAUCUUAAUAGCUCCGUUGAUGUUGAUAGAACCUUGCUGAAGCAAUCCUUGACUACUAGGAAAAGAGUGUCUGCCUUCAGCAAAGAUCAGGAGGAAAUGAUUAGAGCUUUAUUUGAGCAGUUUAAAGAGCAUAAAAGGUGCAGCUAUAUGAUUGCAAAUGCACUGGCUGCUGAUAAUUCUUUCACAGCUGCACAAGUUUCCCGAAAGCUCAAGCAACUUGGCCUGCGCGUUCCUCGUCAGAAGAAGUCUGAAGCAAAAUUACAUCUAAGGGAUGAGGAAAUAAAUGAAUUUUCAAUUGGAGAAAGACAGGAUUCCGAUGAUGAAACAUUGUUAUCGUUGAGGAAGAGGAAAAGAAACAAGGAUAAUUGUAGAUCUUUAAGUGAGCUGUCCAACACAGGAGAGAGAUCCGGCAACUCUGAUGAUGAACUCCUAAGCUCUGUUCUAAGGCAUAAAAGCAAAGGUGAUGACAGAUUGUUUAAGGAGGCACAGAAUAAUGAGGGAGAUUUAUCUGAUAAUGAAAUUUUAGAUUCUGUUCUCAGUAAAAUGAGGAAGCGGCAUCCAAAAGCAGAAAGUAAAAUGAUCGCAACAUCUAAUACGGAAAACUCGAGUGAUGGAGUUCCUGAAGAUAUUGCAGAAAGGGACGUUGAAAGGAUUUACGAGGACGUAGCUCUCGACAUCAGACAGGAAGAUGCUUCAGAACCUGAAGGAAUUGGUAGCAUCAGUAAAAAUACCUCAGACAAGCAUUAUUUAGCACAUCAAGAAAUGGAAGAAGAUGCACUGGCAGAUUUCGGGGAUGAUGAUGCUGAACUGGCAGCUGAGUCGGCAACUAGAACUACUCCACUUAGGAGAAAGCUGAGGAUGGACAAAAACGUCAUGUGCUGUCUGCGGUUUGAUUCGCGUUUCCUUCCUAUGCUUAUCUCUAAUUUGGGCUCUUGAUCAGAUUACUCCCACGAGAUAAACAGCAUUUUAGAAUCACAUGCAAUAGGAUAUAUUUAAUGGGCCUCCAUGAGUUUAGGCUUUCUUCUAUUACUGUGGGCUUUAAAAUCAAAUUAGCCGAACGGCAUGAUGAACACGCCGCGGGUUUUAGUUUGAAACGAUUUCUUUUUCAUCCUGGAAAAUUAACAGAAAAAGGAUAUUUCAAGGAA